AGGUCAAAUUCGUUUCAUACUUCCGGUUCAAGAUGGCGGCGUCCAUGGCAGCAGUGAGAGGAAUACGUGGAGCAACAGCCAAAUACUUGCUCCACAAAAGCAAGACGGCCUGUGUUCAUCCCAGACGAUGGCUGAACCUGCAAGAGUACCAGAGCAAGAAGCUGAUGCAGGACUAUGGUGUGGCCGUGCAGAGGUUUUUUGUGGCUGACACUGCCUCGGAAGCCUUGGAAGCUGCCAAAAGGCUAAAAGCUAAAGAAAUUGUUUUAAAGGCCCAAAUCCUUGCAGGUGGACGAGGAAAAGGGGUAUUCAACAGUGGGCUGAAAGGAGGUGUACACUUAACUAAAGACCCUUCAGUUGUUGCUGAGCUGGCAAAUCAGAUGCUAGGCUUUAAUCUAACCACCAAGCAGACUCCAAAGGAAGGUGUUAAAGUGAAAACGGUGAUGGUGGCAGAAGCCUUGGAUAUUUCAAGGGAAACGUAUUUUGCAAUCCUGAUGGACAGAAGCUGUAAUGGGCCAGUUAUGGUGGGAAGCCCGCAGGGUGGUAUGGACAUUGAAGAAGUGGCAGCUACCAGCCCUGAGCUGAUUUUUAAGGAAGUGAUAGAUAUUUUCGAAGGGGUUCGAGAUGAUCAGGCUCUUCGCAUGGCAGCUAAUUUGGGAUUUAAAGGACCUUUAGAAGGACAGGCUGCAGAUCAAAUUAAGAAGCUGUAUAAUCUGUUUCUGAAAGUUGAUGCAACUCAGGUUGAAGUGAAUCCCCUUGGAGAAACUCCUGAAGGACAAGUGGGCAUAUUUCUUCCACAUACUGGAAAAUUGGUAUGCUUUGAUGCGAAAAUAAACUUUGAUGACAAUGCAGAAUUCCGACAAAAAGACAUUUUUGCAUUGGAUGACAUGUCUGAGAGCGAUCCUGUUGAAACGGAGGCGGCAAAAUACGACCUCAAGUACAUUGGCUUAGAUGGAAACAUUGCUUGCUUUGUGAAUGGAGCAGGUCUGGCUAUGGCUACCUGUGAUAUAAUUGAUCUUCAUGGAGGAAAGCCAGCCAACUUUCUAGACUUGGGUGGAGGUGUGAAGGAAAAUCAGGUUUACCAGGCUUUCAAACUGCUCACUGCUGAUCCCAAAGUUGAAGCCAUCCUUGUCAACAUCUUUGGUGGGAUAGUGAAUUGUGCCAUCAUUGCCAAUGGAAUCACUAAAGCUUGCAGAGAACUGGAACUGAAGGUGCCUUUAGUUGUCAGGCUUGAAGGAACCAAUGUCCAGGAGGCCAAACGCAUCCUGAGUGAGAGUGGGCUGCCCAUCACCUCCGCCAAUGACCUGGACGAUGCUGCACAGAAGGCUGUAGCCAGCAUCGCCAAGAAAUAACCAGUCUCUCCAUUUUUUCUGAUACACUCAGUGACCUCAAUGGAAAUGCCACUGGCAGCAUUUUGCAUAAAAUUAAUUAAAGAACUCAUUAUUUUCUCACGUUGAUUCCUUAAUAAGAGCAGUGCUAAAUGCAUACUUAAUGAGUAGGUCUGCUUUGUGUUUUUCUGGGGGAAAAAAAUUGGUUUCUAAAUCAUUAGUUAAGCUGCAAAUAUUGGAAUCAUUCCUUUUAUUAAAGUCAGCAAAAAAAACCUCCAGUUGUUCAAAUGGAAUAAGUGAACCAGACAGCAGUCGGCAAGUUGUAAGAAGACGUAAUAUCAUCAUAGAAAACUGAAGAACAGUUAAAUAUAGUCAUAUCAUUGUGCUUUUUAACCCCAAGUUAAAUAAAAAAUUAAACAAUACUUGUUUCCCUUUUAAGUACUAUGCAUCACUGUGAACAGUUUCUAUGUUUUCUAAUUUCUAAAGGUUUAUAAUCUUUAACAAAACUGAAGUUUUCUGUAGAUGUUUUUCUAUUAAUUCAGAGACAGUGUUUGGUUAAAUUAAGUGUUAUGUACAAUUUAUAAAUAUAAUCUUAAAGUCUACUCAGACUUGCUACUCCUUGUGGUGGUAACCUGUAAAGUAGAUUUGAUUGCCUUAAUGUGAAAAAGGCACCAAUUCCAUUCUGAAUUUCACCAAUUAAUGCCUUAAUGUGUGAUCCUCAAAGUUAGUGUUGCAAUAUUUCUAGAACUAGAUGAUGCAUCUUGAUCAUAGAACGUUCCCUUCAAAUCUUAAGGUAAAGUGAUCAAGUUUUACCUUUAAAUUAGAGGCAUUUUAGAAUUCUGGGUUUAUUUUUCACUUAAUAAAAUGCAGUUUUAAUUGAUAACAUCCCAUAUCAUUGUAAACCUAUUUCUAGGUUUGUGCCAUUUUAAUGCUUUCUUUUAGACUGUAUUCAUCUUAAAGAAUGUUUUUUGAACCAAAUGCCAGAUUUACAGUAUCUUGGUCAUAUUCUAGAGGUUACUUUCAACAACAGUCUAAUCCAUGCUGACAAUUUUGUCUGAUUUACUUGUAAAUGUACUUUUUUGUAGUCUAUAUCACUUACAGAGCAACAUUUAAUCCUCCUCUACCCCGUUUCAAAUAAAAAAAAUGAAUAUUUCAAAAACCUGUCUGGAAAAACUUAAAUGAGAUAGGCUUGUGUUAUUUUGUAGUGUGGAUGCUUCAGUGGGCUUUCUUCAAUGGCUUUUCAUUUAUGUUGGCCAGUGUGUUUUCAGCAAUUCAAUCAGAAUUCUGUUUCCCUGUUUAUUUCAAGGGGGGACAUUUAAUGUUCUGCCUGUGUACUGAACAAGGGAGUAUUUUUGCAGAGUGGAACAAAAACAAAUUGUCCUGUGGAAAAGGAACUAAGGCCUUAAGGCAUACCUUUUUAUUAACACUUAUUUUUAAAUUCCCUUGUUGAUUUUGAAGAAAAUAUAAAUAUUCUGCACAGCUUGAUAAUUGUGCUUCACACAUUGAAUCUGGUUACUGCACCAGCAAGUUUCAAAAUGUGCUGCUCUGAUGCUUUGUUGUAAGGAAUGUUAUCUAUCUUGCCUUUAAUAAAACAUGUUUUAGUAAUUAAUUUUGGUUGGAAUAAACAUUUCAUAUCCCUUUUGA